CUCCCUGCCUGCCUGCCUGGUUCCUGCUGCCUCCGGCGCUGCUUCUCGGGGCGAUGGGGGCGGCUGUGUUCUUCGGCUGCACCUUCAUCGCCUUCGGGCCGGCCUUGGCCCUCUGCCUGCUCACCGUGGCCGGGGACCCACUGCGCGUCAUCAUCCUGGUGGCUGGGGCCUUUUUCUGGCUGGUCUCCCUGCUCCUGGCCUCUUUGAUCUGGUUUAUUUCGGUGCAUCUGAGCGACCGGGAGGAUGGGCGUCUACAGUACGGCCUUCUGAUGUUCGGGGCGGCUGUCUCGGUUUUGCUCCAGGAAGCCUUUCGCUUUGCGUACUUCAAGCUCCUCAAGAAAGCUGACGAAGGGUUGGUGACCAUCAGCGAAGAUGGCCGUUCUCCCAUCUCCAUCAAGCAAAUGGCAUAUGUGUCGGGUCUCUCCUUUGGAAUCAUCAGCGGGGUCUUCUCUGUCAUCAACAUCCUUGCGGACUCCAUUGGGCCAGGCACCGUGGGAAUCCACGGGGAUUCGCCCCAUUACUUCAUCACUUCAGCCUUCCUCACGAUGGCGCUGGUUUUCCUACACACGUUCUGGGGCACGAUCUUCUUCGACGCCUGUGAGAAGGGCCGCUACUGGACGCUGGCGUUGGUGGUCGUCAGCCACCUGGUCACGUCCGGCUUGACGUUUCUAAACCCUUGCUAUGAAGCCAGCCUCAUCCCUAUCUUCAUCAUCACCUUCUCCAUGGGGGUCUGGGCGUUCUUCACUGCCGGAGGUUCCCUGCGGAGCAUCGCCACCUGCCUGUCAUGCCGGCGGAAGGAAGCUGACCAUGUGAUGGUCUAUUCUGCGCUGCAGGUUCCUGUGGAGGACUGAGCCCACCCUUUUUUUUGGCAUCCUGAAUCUGAGGAUGCUUCUGAGAACCACCCAAGUGCCCUUCUGUUGGCUGCAGCCCUCUGCCAAUCAAAUCCUCGCCCCCCCUCUCUUCCCUCCCCCCUCUGUCUGGGAGGCACAAGUCCAGAGUCGACCCUCCAAGACCAAGGGAUGAUUCCUUUGGCCCGAACUGGCAGCUCUGAUGGCAGGGUGAUAACCACUCCAGGAAGUGCUCAUUACAUAUUCCAUGUGGCUGGGAAUUCAGUAUUCCAUGUGGUUGGAUUACCCUCCCUCCAGUGUGUGUAGGGAGGUGUAUUUUCUUUGGCUCUGAUCUGCAAGAGGGGAAACGUCGGUUAAUCUCUUAAGCAGUUUCAUCGUUUCGGUAGAGGCAAACAAAGCCACGUAAUUUGUACUGCGAUGUUUUCUUGGGGGACACCAUUUCCUGGAGCCAAAAUGAGCCCCCUUUCCUCCUCCUUCAACGUCUGGGAGCUCAGGAUACACAACUAGUUCUCUUUCUGGGAUCUGGGAUGUUGACGUAAGUGGUGUGACGUUAGCUGCCUAGGCUAGGCGCCCAUUAGUCCUGGCUGGCAGCUUUGGCCAGAGGGCCAAGAAAGAGCAGGCCUGCUUGACCAUAAUCCACCCUCCUCGAAUGAAGCGAUUCCCAUCAGCAUCGGAAUAGCAACUGGAAGUGGUUGGAACUCUUCAAGAGGGCACGGAUUUAGCCCUGCUGCUGUUGCCAAUCCUGCUCCAAUCUGCAAAGAGAGCACGAUCUCCUCAAGUGACCAGGUUACUCCAGAUCAGUCUUGCUGACGGCAGCGAGGGCCUGUCACCCACUUUUGGCUGUUAAAACUCCCAAACUGGAACGAUCCCUUGUUGUGAAAUAAUCUUCCCUCUGUGUGCAAUUGUUUUUGUUUUACUGUACUGUCGAACUUUUUCAAGGACAAAAACUGAACUGAAGUUUUUUGCGUUUUUUUCAUUCGAGAGGACAGAAGAGGUGGUGCAUGAAAAAGCCUUUGGACUGAAACGCCUUUCUGUUGUCCUCGAUGUGUUGAAACACUGGAGCCCUGGAUUUUUAAUAUAUGUGUGUCCGAAUGCGCGAGGGCAGCGCUGCCUAAGAAGUUGGGGACUCCCAGCUCCCAGCAUUCCCUUGCUCCUUGACCAUCUUAGCAGGGGAUGAUGGGAACUGGACUCCCAGCAGUAUCUGGGGGGCCACAGUUGGACUCCCUCAAUGCUAGCCGUCACCAGGCCCAAGGACCAUGAAAGAUAGCAGGCCCCUUAGACAAUGAGAGCGGCUUCCAGGGGAUGCUUGGGGAAGGGAAGAAGAAGAUUGAGGUCAAAAAGUAAAAAUCUGGACAAUAAAGUUGUUGAUCUUUC